AUGAGCAAGCAGACGCUCUUGCAAAAGUACGGAGUCAUUAUCGAGCACCUCGAUUUCAGAUUCGUUGAAACUUGCUCAGACGGAGAAUAUCUGGAGAAAUUAGUUGAAAUUCUCAGAUCUGGUGAAGAGGGGUACUACCCUGCCCUUCUGGAUGCUACGGAGAAGCAACUGGAAAGAGUGAAGCCCUCCUCGCAGCUUCUGGUCGAAGACAAGGGUCCCUAUGUUCCCGAUCGGCAGGAUGAGAAGGCACUCACGCAUCAACUGAAGGUCUGGUCCCUGGAGUGCAAGGCAGAUGAAAGUGCUCUCAAGGAUGGAACGCCCCUUGACGCCUUUCGAGAUCUUCCCCCGAUGAGGUCGGGACAGCAGAGCGAACACAAAGACUGCAACUCUAAGUUGGAAAUGCAGGCGUGCGACGGAGGAGAGCCGGGACGCAGGAGGGGAGCUCUCAACGAAAAGCUCAAAGGGAACGAGAGCUACGGCCAAGGAGAUUUCCAAGAGGCUUUGAGAUGCUACCAGAGGAGCCUCAUCCACUAUCCAACCCCAGAGGUGUUCUCCAACAUGGCUCUUAUCUACUUGAAGCAAAAGGAGUACGAAGCCGCCGUCUCGGCCAGUUCCCAGGCCCUGGCCCUGGAUCCCACCCAUCUCAAGGCUCUUCUGCGACGUGCUGAUGCGUUCUUCCACCUUGGCAACCUCCUGCAGGUUUACCUUCAGUCUCAACCCUUUGAGCGGUGA